CACCGAAUCGGACAGUUUCUCUUCAGAAAAAUUAAUGAAGUUCUCCGCCAAGGAAUCAGAGGUCCCAUUUUCCUCUCAUUCCAUGAUGAUCUCUUCAACCCGCAGGUGGUGGUCAAAGGAAACGGUGGCAGUCGUGACCGGAGCGAACAAGGGAAUUGGGUUUGCGUUUGCGAAGAGGUUGGCAAAAGAAGGACUGACUGUAAUUUUAACAGCCAGAGACUUUGAGAGGGGUCGCAGAGCAGCCCAGGAACUCAGCGCCCAAGGACUCCAUGUUCACUUCUUAAAGCUCGACGUGUCUGAUCCUUCUUCCAUUAACACCUUCGUAUCAUUAUUCCGGAUGAAAUUUGGAGCGCUAGAUAUCCUCGUAAGUUGCCAGCUAGCUAGUAUAUAUGAGAUUGAUGGUGUGGUAAGUUCGUUUCUUGAGCAUGUGAAGAAGGGAACGUGGGAGAGUGAAGGAUGGCCAGAAUUGUGGACAGACUACGCAGUAUCAAAGCUUGCACUAAAUGCAUACACAAGGGUUUUGGCCAAGCGUUUGGAGGGAAGCAAUCUAAGUGUGAAUUGCUUUUGUCCUGGCUUCACUCAGACAUCUAUGACUCGCGGAAAGGGCACGCAUACCGCCGAUGAUGCUGCCAAUGUCGGAGCAAGGCUUCUCCUCCUUCCACCUGAGGAGCUACCAACUGGAAAAAUUUUUUUGGGAGGCAGUAGUACUACCAGUAGUAGUGCUAGUGUUGUUAAUUCUAAACUCUAA